AUGGCGAUGGUCGCGUCGAACAUGAGCGGCCACAUACAAAAGCAGCUCACCAGAAGUCUCGAGCGAAUCCUGGAGGAAGCACACUUGAGCGGUGAACUCAAGCUUAGCGGACGAAAACUUAAGGACUUUCCAAAAGUUGGGAAAACGGGUUCUAGCAAGUAUAAUCUUCAGGAUACGGUUAUUGCCGAUCUCUCGAAGAACCGUUUCGCCGAAUUGCCGGAAGAAGUGACGGAAUUUCUGUUCCUCGAAAAGCUGCAUCUCUACCACAAUGCGAUAAGAAUAAUACCGGAGACUGUGGUGAUGCUGCAGUCCCUCAACUACCUCGAUCUUAGUCGCAAUCAAUUGACGUCUCUACCUCGGGAGAUAUGCAGGCUACCGCUGCAAACGUUAUUGGUCGCUCACAACAGACUUGCGUCUCUGCCGGACGAAUUGGGCAGAAUGUCGGCGUUGGCGGAGCUCGACGCCGGCUGCAACGAAAUCACGAACCUGCCCCCUAGGAUGGGUGAUCUUGCGCGACUUAGGUCCUUAGAUUUGAGGAGUAACAUGAUCGUGCACCUGCCUAUAGAACUGACGUACCUGAGACUCGUAAAGCUGGAUAUCAGUGGCAAUCGAAUAUCCGUGCUUCCAAACGAGAUGAGAAAGAUGAAGAGCCUGGUCGACUUCCGGCUGUCCGAUAAUCCUUUGACCUCGCCGCCUGCCUCGCUAUGCAUUCGCGGGCGAACGCACAUCUUCAAAUAUUUGGAGAGACAGGCGGCGAAACACGAGAGAGCCAGAGGCGGCCGCGCGAGAAGGACACCCUUGGAUGUUAGAGGUCACGCGACUCUAGACACGAGAACUCACAGGCGGCACAACGUCGACAGUGGCUAUAGCACCAGCGACGGCGUCGACAAACGUUGGUCUCAAGAAAUUCACAGCGCGGUGCAUGAUGGCGAGAUUCGAGGGCUGUGGCGUCAAGAAUGCUCGCCCCUUUCGAUCACGUUGCCGCACGAGACGGGUGUGAAUGGAUCCUGCAGCGGAACCUCGACUCCUAGUACCAUCUCGCCUGGUGAGCACACGUCUCUCGAGGAUGAGCUCGGCAAGGCUAUGAUACUGCACGAUCAGUUGGAAAAGAGAAAACUGGAGAGGAGCACCUCGGAGAAUGGAGCCGAUGUCAGAAGACCGAUGACCUCUGGCCUCUACCACGCGUCGAUUACGCCACCCGGUCCCCUCGAAUCCGCUCAUCUGAAUCAAGCGGUGCCAGUCUCAACGAACACGCAAUCCGUGCAACCGCUGCAAACGUCGAUCUCGAACGCUACUACCUCUUUAAUGAACGGAGAUGAGAAAAGGCCGCUGAAUCACAUUCAAACUUACAGAGAGUAUAAAGAGGCGUUGAGACAACAAAGGGCAAACGAAGGGCCUAGCGUGUACAGGCCACGGGAACAAGUCACUCCGCCAGACAACGAAUCGCAGAGCAACGAGACAGACUUGGCUAGCAGUAAAGACGCACUUGGUAUGGUCGGUAAACAGAUCUUCAACGAGGAAAACGCGACCAAGAGACCAGUACAGAAGGUAACUCCGUCACGCAUCAACUAUCAGAACACGCCAAUUAUCAACGGUAGCAAUAACGAAUACAACAAUAAGAACGGAAAGUACCUCGAGCAGCCGUAUAAGAAGCCUAAUUCGCCAAUUAAAACAUCUUCGAGCAUUUUAUCUUCCAACACCAGCCCGGGACACACUCCUAGGCUAGUCAAAACAGCUGUUGGUUACGUAGAAGGUAACAAAAGUCCCAGCAGAAACGGUGGAAGUCCAAAGUCUCCCCGAUCGGUUACGUGGAACAGCAACGUGCCAGAGAAGUAUUCGUUCACCAUGAGAAGGGAGUUUGAACGUGCCAAGGAAGAAGCUGACUUGAUCGAGCAGCUCCGAAACCAUAUCGAAACGCGGUUGAAGAUGGCUCUACCGGAAGAUCUUGCUCCGGCGUUAACAGACGGAGUUGUUCUCUGUCACUUGGCAAAUCACGUAAGACCUCGGUCUGUUGCCAGUAUCCACGUUCCUUCGCCAGCUGUGCCCAAGUUGACAAUGGCAAGAUGCAGGCGUAACGUCGACAAUUUUCUUGAGGCGUGUCGAAAGAUAGGCGUCGAUGAGGAGGUGUUAAUGGACGCGGACGCAAUCAUGGACGUGGGUUACAUGGACGCGUACGGGCUGGAGGCUCUGGCGCGUCUCGUCUCCGCUCUUCUCCUUUUCCGUGACGAAGGAGAGAACGAUACCGAAGAAUCGGCCGCAGGUUCAUCCCAUACGAUUCAGGAUCGCGUUCUAUCCGCGAUGCUUUUUGCCACAUUCCUAUCCACCUUCGUUCUGCUCUAUCUCUUUCCCAUUCCCGAUUAAACGCAAAACGAAAAGAAAGACAAAAGAAAAGAGAAAAAGAAAAAGAGCGACCAAGACGAGAACGCCAGAGUGCAAAACGAUGGAACGAACGACGCUCGCAAGAGAAAAGCACAAUCGAAGAUUACUCUGGGAUUACUCCGAUAUAUCGACACGCGACGCGACUUGGUUCGGUGCAGCGACUCGGGAAACACACGGUUUCUUAUAGUUUUCUGGUUAACGUUCUGUCGGGAAUUUUUCGGUUCGUUCGCCGAGCCGUCGAGUCGCUCGAUCGAGUUACUGCACGACACUCUUCUAUCCACUUCUUCUACCCCAAUUAGUACUCAUAGAGCGGCAUGAUAUUUUUCUAAUUUUAUUUUCUUUAUCCUUCGUUUGCUUUGUCGGGCGAAGAACGGGGUCGAGUGUCGCGCAGAGUCAUCACACCCCUUCCGACAUCGAUCUUAAUUGCGAGUUUAUUUUAAGCACGAUACGUACGAUACCCGAAAGAAACGUAUCGAGAGCUAUUUACCGUUGUCAGAAAUGUCUCGUUACCCCAACUCGGCGUAGUUUCGCUACUUCUAACUUUCCUUCUCGUUUUUCAUCGCCUUCGUUUUAAACGAAACGCCAUCGAAUUGGGACACUCGAAACUUUUUAUCAGCGUGCGAUCGAUCGUUGGUCUAAUUAAGAAGCAACUGAGCGCUUUCGCUUGUAUAUUGGAUUUAAUUUACAUCGACUACGUCACAGCUGUAGCUUGGACAAGGUUGUUCGUUUGUUUGCCUUCGUCGUUGUGGCUCGAGAGAGACGCUUAAAACUUUCGACGAAAUAGUAUUCGGUAGCCCCUUAAGUAUCGAAAGGCAGCUUGAUCGUACAUUUAGUCCGCCUAGUUGUAGAAGCGGCUACGUAGUGCGCAAGUUAGUUAACCGUUUCUGUUCUGGUAUAAGGCCUUUGACGGGGACUCGAGCGAAGAACGUUGUUCUCGAGUUCCGAUCGUUGAACGCGAACAUCUUACGAUGGAAGAGAACGUAAAAAAUGAAAAAAACAAAGAAAAAAAAAAUCAAAGAGCGCAAUCAAAGCUGUUGGACGCUCGCAUAUCAGAUAGAAUCGCCUGUAUGUACCUUGUAUGUAUGUACCUUGAACAGACGAAUCGUUCGUUGGAAUGGCUGGAUCAUAACGACCGAUGAGAUUUAUCGUCGAGCAGGAUCUGUUGAGAAAAUAGUAUUUUGCUACGCGAAGGGACGGUGUUCGAAGCGGCGUGUCAGUGUGCAAUACUCGUUCGAGAAAUCUUCCAUCGGUGUCGGUAGCUUCGGGUUCGAAAUAAUUUCUCUCGAUGACGGAAUCAACGAAUCAAAGGAAAACAGAGAAACAAGCGAAUCGAAUUCUCCCAACUGGUAUUGCGGCAUCGUCUGGAACCCGUGACGUGUCUAGAAUCACGCCAGAAUGGCAAAGUUCAAAGAGAAGAAAGACGAAGGAACUUUCGUGUAUACCUCGGAUGGUAGUAUUUUUUUAACGUUCGACCAAUACAAAUCGCCUACGGCUCUUUCAGGAUUGAUGGGUCUGUGAUAGGUAGCCUUCGAGUACUACAGGAUUCGCAACAAGGUGCUAGAAAUCUCUUUAAGUUCAAAGAUUUCCUAUUUUGGUACGUAGGUUUAACGCACAUUCGAACUCGAAAGGAAUUUCUCAUUCGAUCAUUGUUUUAUCGUUUACGAGUUACGGGCAGUAUUGCGUCCCUCCCCAACGAGAUCGCGGCAACGAUAAAUUUUCUUUCUCUUUCUCUUCGUCUCGACCGAGGCAAGUAAACCAUAUGGCUUUUCGUUGAGGGAGGGACGUGCAAACGAGAGCACUUACACCUCACCGACCAAGCAAUUCGGUCGUAGACCUAAGAUAAUCUCCAUAUUUUCAUAUAAACGCGUUUAACGUAACAAGAAAACAAAAGUAUCGUAGCGGACGUACAAUACGUAUAUCGUCUAGAAUAUACACGCGUCUAACUUAUUCUACAUAUAUUCGUACGAUAAGUAUUAUAUUGUCUACGUUAAGGAACUUAAGGAGGAGCGGGUCGCUUAGAUCGAGUCUUCGGAUUGCCGGAGGUCUUUGCUUCCGGUUGUCGCUCCGCAGACGCGUCCAAUCGAAUACAUUGCGGUAGAUUAGUGCCAAACGCGUCAGACACUCGAACCGUGUAGUACGCGUCGCGCGACUCUGUUUCUCCGAGAUGCUUUUAUAUCGCUGCUAGUACGUCGAAUAAAACGGUACGAAUGAACACGUGGCCUCAAACACGUAUCGAGGAUUAUCUGAUCGAGAACGCACAAAGGAAUUUUUACGAGAAAUCAAUCGUUUCUACUACGGUCUAAUACGACGGUCUAUUUACAAGUAGAGACGUACAAAUUUGUUUCUCUUCUUCUUCUUCUUUUUAGAUAUAACACGUUGGCUCUUCUUGUAUGGAAUUUCUGCGUUUCCAACUGACCGUAGAUCGCGUGUUCGCGAGAUGUUUCUAUGACACGACGAACGAACACACGAGUUGCUAAGUUUUGAGAACGCAAGGCGAGCUGCAUCUUCCAGAAUACCGCGUUACUUUGAUCGUAAAGUUUUAUUUCGUUUCAAUUCGGGCAACUAGCAUCGGUCGGCGGUAGAACGUUUAUGAAUUUUCUAGUCUCUGGUAUUACGUACUUCUAAUCGUUUGUUAAGUUCAUCUCCGGUUCUAGUCAGCUCGACUUGUUCUUUUUUUUUUUUUAUUUUAAUCUUCGUUCCCGUCUAAGUUAUACGCAACAAGUCUCGUAUUCACUGGGUGACUUAACGUUUAAUUCGUUACUUAAUUUUCUUCGUUCCUGCUGUCUCUUCCACUACUACUCUUCCGAUCGAUUUCGUUGUCGUUCGUAGACUGCUUGGGCGUUAAUUGUCCGUGAGGCUCGCUAAACAAAAAUUCCGAGAUGCAUCCAAAGAUCUUAUCGCUUGAAAAUAGGAAUCGUUUCGACGAAGCUAGCUUAAGGAAGAGUCGCGACGAUAUCGAGUUGAACGGCGACGAUCUCAUCAGUAUUAUAUUCUUUUUAUUUUUUUUUUUUGUAACGAUCGGACAGGACGUAAUUACAUCGAAUUAAUCGCAACCGUAAGACUGUUUAUUUCACUUUAAUUUACCUUUUAUUCUGUACGACGUCUUCUGCGCUCUGACGCAGUGGUUUUCUUCUUUUACGAUUAGUUGUCGCUUCCACAAGAGGCUGCGUCCUUCUAUCUGCUCGCAAAGGGGCGCAAGUAGAAAAGACGAGCGAUGAGAAGACCGAACACAAGAUCAUUCCGUUGCAUUAGCUUGUAUAAUUGUAUAAUUUAUGUAAAGAACAGAGAGAAAGAAUAAGAGAGCGUAUAUAUACAUAUAGAGAUAAAUUAUAUUAUAUUAUAUUAUAUUAUAUUAUAUAUUAUAUAUAUAUUAUUAUUAUUAUAUUAUAUUAUAUCAUACUGUAUUGUAUGGACACAGAUAUAUGGUACGUUGAUACUAUUUUUCUCUUUGGUCGUUUUUUUGUUUCUCAAAUUGUACUACGUAAGCUAAUUCGUCGCAAAUUACGAGCUUAGAUCACGAUCGCUCUUUAAAACUCGGUGCUUCAUUUUUUAUCUUGUUGUUUUUUAAGCUUAAGCUUUUUUGUACGAUUAUCGGAAAGGGAAGAAAGGCCUCUCUUAUUAUUUAAUUCAUGUUCCUUCGAACGAUCGCGUCCAUCCAUCGAGUCGAACGCUUGAACAAUCCCUUCGUGCUCGUUGGACGAUACACAGCAUGAUCGAUAGACGGUACGCGUUCGUUUUCUCUAACUCUCUCUGUCUCUCUCUCUCUCUCUCUCUCUCUCUCUCUCUCUCUACUUUUCCACUUUUGUACGAUCGAAUCUGAUUGAACUGCCAGCAGCACGUUCGUCCAACGAUUUCACGAUCACAGCGAUACAAGGACAAUCGUCGAAACGACCAUUGCUCGUGUCUUCUCUACUUCUCCGACUCUACUCGCACAAUGGGGCAUAGUCGGGCGAUAACGACGAUCACUCCUCGCCGCGUGAACGGUGAACGUGGGCGGCGUGUCUCGUGUUUCGUUUCUAUGCCACACGCGCUAAGAAAAGGCGGCUACAUCGCCGCAGCGAAAUCGAGUCGAUUCGAAGAAAUAUCACUUUCUGCUUAUCGGUUCAAAUUUUUACACGACUCUGGAUUUGGCUCCGUUCGAAUAAUUUGUAUAGCGCGAAAGCGAAUGAAACGCGCGCGCUCGUGCGAGCUCGAUCGGUUGGAUGGCCUGGAACAAUCGAGCACGAGUCGCGGCGUUUCUAUGCUUCCCAUAGUGUCGCAUAGUUCGCGUGCCGGAGAACAAUCGUUGGGAAACUCUUUGUCUCGCCACUCGAACAACAGUGCUACUAACGAUACUCGGUUUUACUUUCGAGAGACGUACUCUGUAACACCGAUUGUACGACUAUCAUAACGAUUGUAAUACUAUUUCCACUGAUAAUAAAAUAUUCUUUUGGUAUAA